GCCAAAGGCAGACGCACGCAAGCAAUCAAAGAAUCCUGCAAAUUCCUUACUAGAAUAAGAAUAAGAUUUAAAUGUCUGGCAGGAGGUAAAACGAGUCAUGUUGUUUAAGAGAUCUUGAACUUCGUGUUGCCUCGACUCUGCAUUUUAAAGAAAAGUGAUGCAAUAAUUCGAUUUAAAUUUUCCUCUGAGAAAAAAAAUCUGGGACUAUUGUUAUAUCGCGUGGAUACUUUUUGCUCAAGUUAAGAUGGAUUCGCCCAAGCAAUUACCUCCUUCUUCAACGAUUUGAAUGCAAACGAGUAAACACGAACGAUCUCUGAUUGGUAUGAGAUGUUGUUAGCCUCGGCCGUGGUCGUCUGGGAAUGGCUGAACGAGCACGGGCGCUGGCGACCCUACAGCCCAGCGGUGUCCCAUCAUAUCGAGGCGGUGAUCCGCAGCGACCCUCGCGGCUCCGGGAGCGUGGUGCUGGGCCAAGUCGACUCGCGUCUAUCGCCGUACAUCAUUGACCUGCAGUCUAUGCACCAGUUUCGCCAAGAUACCGGUACUCUAAGACCCGUGCGGCGAAGUUUCUAUGACCCGCGGACGGCUCCGGGUCAGGGUUGGGUUUGGGAAUGGGAGAAUGACUCUGGCUCAUGGACGCCUUAUGACACAGAGGUGAGCAUCGCCAUCCAGGCGGCUCGGGACCGGCAGCAGCCCUGGCUGGACUUAACGCCACUGGGCUUCUGCUACCUUAUAGACCUGCAGACUAUGACGCAGAUCAACGGACAGACGCAGCGGCGCCGGCGCAUCCAGAGGCGCUCAGAUCUGGCCUACCCACUUGUCUCCGGCCCGCUGCCUAAACCGCACGCGUGGUCAUCCGCUGGAAGUGGUGGACUCUUGGGGGUGGGCGUAUCGGGGGUAAGUGGAGGGAAUGGUAGUGCCUAUCCCAGCGGAGCUCUUCCAGCUUCUGCUAUUACUUCACUGGGUCAACCAUGUUCCUGCCAGCAGUGUAUGCUAGUCUUAGGCGUCAAGACCCCUAGCAUGGCACUAACUCUCGGGCGGAAGCCCCCACCCGUACCUAAGCCGCCGAGCCCAAAAGCGCCAUCAAGAGGACACUCUUACUCGCUUACCCUGCCUCACCCUCCUUCCCUUUCCCGAGUCCUCUCGCCACAUAGGAACUCCACCUCAGGUGCUAGUGGGGGCUUCGCACACUCCCUCUCCCUGCUAGGCUCAGCCACUGCCGCCCUGUCUAUAUCCUCCAACCGUCCUCCUCCACCUGCUGUACCGCCACCCCCGCCUCCUUCAACCACACCCUACACGACCUCCUCACCCAACCCUACAGUACCUACACCCUCCAACGCCCUUAUAUCUACGGCAACCACCUGCGCUCACACGCCCUCUGCUCGUGUUCUGGGUCCCGUGUCGACAGCAUCAGCAGCUUGUGCCGCCCCGGUGCCGCCUCGCAGCAGUCUGGCUGGCCUAAGCCGUCCCGCCCUGCAGAGAAUCGCUAUGGCACAGUCACGGGCACUCAUUGCAUCAGGAGUCCCCACGGUCCCAGUGAAGAACUUAAAUGGAUCCAGUCCUGUCCAUCCAGCUUUGGCAGGUAUCACUGGAAUUCUGAUGAGCGCUGCUGGACUCCCGGUCUGCUUGACCCGCCCACCCAAACUUGUGCUCCACCCCCCACCUGUCAGCAAGAGUGACAUCAAACCUGUGCCAGGCCUUGGUCACUGCUGCCGGAAAACCACAAAGAAGCAGGCCCGCAAAGGUAGAACUUCAGAAGAAGUUGUUAGAAGAUAUCUCCAGAAAGUCCGCAGCCCACCUGAAGAGGAUUGUACUAUCUGUAUGGAGUCUCUCUGUGGCCCGUCUGGUUAUAAAGGCCCAGGUGUCGGGGGCAUUUCUCGGGCCGAGGCAGUGGGUCGUCUGUCUCAGUGUGGACAUCAGUACCACCUGCAGUGCCUGGUGGCCAUGUACAACAACGGCAACAAAGACGGCAGCCUUCAGUGUCCCACCUGCAAGACCAUCUACGGCGUUAAAACCGGCAACCAGCCACCAGGAAAGAUGGAAUACCACGUCAUUCCUCACUCCCUUCCUGGACACCCUGACUGCAAGACCAUCCGGAUUAUCUACAACAUACCCCCUGGCAUUCAGGGUCCAGAGCAUCCCAACCCCGGGAAGCCCUUCACAGCCCGUGGAUUUCCAAGACACUGCUACCUCCCUGACAGUGAAAAAGGCCGCCUGGUGUUGAAGCUGUUGCUGGUUGCUUGGGACCGCCGGCUGAUCUUCUCAGUGGGCACGUCCAGCACUACGGGGGAGACUGAUACGGUCAUCUGGAACGAGGUGCAUCACAAAACCGAGUUCGGCUCCAACCUGACCGGCCACGGUUACCCAGACUCCGGUCACCUUGACAACGUCCUGGAAGAGCUGAGGGCGCAAGGCAUCACUGAGGAUGAGUGUCUGAGAGACUGAACAUUUAAGUCGGAAGACAAAGACUGAAUGUUUUUUUUUUUGUGUGUGUGUGUGUGUGUGUUAGUGUUGCCAAAUCCGAAUUCAAUUCCCAGCUCUUGUUUCUCAGAAAACCUGAGACACCUUCAAAAUAAAAAGAAGUUUAAGGCCUCCAAAAGGUUUAAAAGUCAUCAUCGCUCCAUUUUUUUCAGUGAUAUUAGCCCUCCUACUGCUAAAGAAAUUGAUACGAGCCUGUCAGAAGUGGGACGGCCAGCUGCAAGAGCUGUCAUUUACAAACAACAUUGCACUGUGCGUAAAAUGUUGUGGAGCCUUUAUCUUAAAAAACAAUUCCUGUUAGCGUCCUCCCCGCAAAAAACUAGACUUGGUACAGUGCAAUUUUGUCACCAGUGGGCUACAGACAUAGACGAAAAACCGAACUGCCAGUGUCUGUUUAACCAUGUAAUGUAUUGUAGUUCUGUGAAGGAUAGGCAAAUCAAAGGUACUUCUGUGCAUGUAGUUGUAUCAUUCGGCGCAGGACGUAACUGAGGCCACCACGUGUUGCGAACUUCUGAGCUCCAGUUGCAGUUUUAGAUGCUGGAACGUGAAUGUUUACUGCCUCAUAGUGGCACUUGUUAACAUAUACAUUCCAGUAAUAACCACGGUAUUUAUUUGACGACAUAGUUUUCGAAAUGUUUGCAGUAUUUACAUUAACCACUUAUUUUAUUGUAUCUUACAUUAUUUUAUAAUGUCGAAAUGACAAACCUGUAUUCUCGUUGAUUUUGGGAUGGAUUCCGAUCUCUGUCCAGGGACGGAAAGAGGCAUUCCAUGGAAACUGCUUCGUUAAUCAGUAAUAGAGAAAUGUUGAGCCAAGGUGAGAUAGGCAGCCAACGGAUGGACAACGCACACAUUUAGUGAAAACUCAUUUCUUUGUGAUUGGAUUUGCUGUCGGAGAGUGAAGAAUUACAGACAGGGCCUGCUCAAUUAUAGGGUUUAUUUUUAUCACCAGUUUAGGAACCAGUAAGAUUUAGAUCAUCCCAAGUUUAAGAUGUCGGCCUUUUAAAAUGGUUAUUAAGAGCUACUAACCCACCCUGUUAAGUCCGUUGAAGUUGUAUCCUGUGAACAAACUAUCUCCGGUUGCCUUUCUGGUCGGUUCUUGGUAGGUCUUUGUUGGACCUGUUUACAAAGCUGUUGACGAAACGUCUGCAUGUAUGUACAUGCAAAUGUGUAAGCUAACAUUUAUAGUUGAUGUGCUGUAUGUAUGUGUUUUAUGUACACAAUUCUUUUCCCCCCUGCAUCCAAAAAGCAUGUUGUGGAAGUAAAAGAGUAUUUCUUUUUCUUGUAUCAUUUUUUUUUACAAUAUACUUUUUAUUGGUUUAACUUUUUUACUUAUAAGCUAUUAGUUUUUUUUUAUUUUUCACUGUGAAGUUUUUUUUCUUUCUUUUAUUGCACUUGUAUGAUUUGAUUUAUUGUCCAGCCAAGUUCCUCAUGAUGGUUGUUACGGAGACAGCAGUGAAAAUGGCAUAGCUGCCAGGACGAAAACUGUGAAGACAGAGAACGGAGCUAUAGGAGAACUAAUGUUGCUGUAUAAAAUAAAAUGUACAAAACAACUUGCAUAUUAAAUAGCUGCUGGAAUACUGAAUAAAUAUUAAAGGCACUCAAAAAAA